UGAAACCCGCACCGAAGAAGCAAUCUCUCAAAAUGCAACUUGUUCGUCAUAUUCAUUAGCCAAUUGAGACUCAUAUUUGUUUUGUCUAUCGUGUAAAUGUGACAUUUGGUUUCAAAUAAUUCAGAUACCCAAGAGAAAAGGAUAACUGGGACCAUGUGAGAGUGAAAUGGUUUACGAACACAGGGAAGCUUUGCUUGUUAUGGUACUGUCAAGUAAAAUUGUACAUCGUCUGAGAAGCUUUGAAGAAUGCUGCAGAUUGUCCAAGGAAAUAAUAUGAGCCACAUUGGAAAUUUAUGAUUUUGAUAGCAUUUCUGGGUUAAAUUGUUGUUUAUUGAUUCAUUUCUGGAUCAUCCGUGGGGGAAAGGAGACGCGUUGUGGUUUGGGAAUGGGAAUAAGAAACUUGGGUUCUUCUUCUUCUUGAGCUGGAGCUAUGACCCAGAAUAACAGGGAUAAACCCAAGCGGCUUUAUCAAGUUUGGAAGGGAAGCAAUGUGACUUCUGAUAAACUCAUCUUCUGUCUCUUUCUUUUUGAUUAUGUUUGUGUUGUAUUUGCAAUUUGUAUAUGGAGAUUAUGAUCAUCGGUUCUGGUUAUUUCUUUCAAUUUCAUUUUCUUGAUAAAGGGUUUUGCCUUUUAGUUGGCAGAUGAUAAUAGUGUUUUUGAAUGAAUAUUGUUCUUCUGU